CAUGUCCUCUUCGCUUCGCGCCGCGCCACCCCAGAACUCUCUCUCUCUCUCCCACUUUGCUCCGUCGUCCGACUCUUCAAUGCAACGCAACCCCAGAGUAACUGCGGCGUCGACCGGUCCGUUGCGACUCUUUGGAAGCAUAACCACAUCUGCCAACCAUGCCAACCUCAUGCUGUCCAACUGUCAACAUGCACUGCACUUGGUUGGCGCUGUCUAUGAAUACCUACUCCGUACAUGCCUCGGUGCCGCCACAUGCAGUCGCAAAAUCCGCCGACGCCGCCGAGAUGAGGGUCCCAGAUGGAAUGGAAUGCCCUGAGCCUGGUGGCGGCCUUCUUUCUUGCUUACAGGCGGCUUUCCAUCAUCACCCUAGCCAAG